AUGUUGAAGAAUCGUGCAGGGACCAGCUAUUGCCUCAACUCGCAAAGGGCCAACAAGAUCAAGAGAUGGUAUCGGCAGACAGAUGCUACGGAGGUUCGCGCGCUAACGGAUUACGAGCCGUAUGGAAUUGUGCGGCGGGACAAAUAUCCGGCGUAUGACGAGCGCUUCAGUGGGUACGGGUUCAACAAGAUUUCCUGGGCAUUCGGUGCUGAGUAUGGGGGAUGGAGACUAUUUUUACUGCCUGCGGCGUUUUUGACACAUCUGAAUCACGUCGAGAAUGACUGGGUACGGAGCAUCAGUGUGCCUCACUAUCUGCAGACCUGGAGACGGUUCCUGGCGUUUGCUGCAGAGACGGAGGGGAUAUCCGGAAUGUUCGUCGUGGACGAAUUGCCGCCACGGAUCGUCCCGAGUGGUUGA